AUGCGAAGUCAGAGUGGACAAGGAAAGUUGAUGGGAUGGAAUGCCGCCACCCAGCAGCUUUCAGACUUUCCAGAACAGAGGAACAACACACAAGCUCCUGGGCCGUCCAACCAACGUGACGGCGUGUCGGAGAGGCAUCAAGAAGAACGCCUGAUGCGGAAGCAUCGGUGCAGUGCUGAUGAGAGGUUGAAUGCCGUACCAGAACCUUCGACUGAGAGUAUUUUUGAAGCUAGUCCCGGUAGCUUUCUUGUGCCAUGUUUCGCCCAAGAAAGUCAACAUUUCAACUGCCUCGGUUGCUCCGAGUCACACCCAGACCCUCAUCAUAGUCUGCUAGCUCAGCACAUUUCUUCCAUCAGAGUUUGUCGACUUGGCUGGACGGGCCCAAUCGUGUCCGAUGGGGUAACUGUUCCCACUACUGUCGCCGGCGAUUUUUCUCUGCACGCCAUGUUGUGGCACAGCCGAGGACACUCCAGUAAAGUUCGCCUCCGGUCCAUCGGACCUUUCGUUUUGAAGGCUCCGACUUGA